UUCCUUUCAUAAUGAUCUUAUAUGCAACCGAGAUGCGAGAAAUAUCAUGGCGAUCGGUCGUUAUAUUAAUAAUUAUGCAUGUGGAAGGGCAAAAAAUAUGCUCAAGGUUUCUCUGAAUUUGUUGCAAUGCAACGGGAAAGAACGCAUGCGCAGGCGCGCUGCACAGUUUCUACAGGAGCCACAGGCGCCCUCGAUUUCCGGUCUCAGACGUUUCUUUUUCUUGACGCGUUCAAGAUGGUUAACGUGCCGAAGCAGAGGCGUACUUUUUGCAAAAAAUGCAAAGUACACAAGAAUCACAAAGUGACGCAGUAUAAGAAAAGUAAGGAGAGACAUGCCUCGCAGGGCAGAAGGCGUUAUGACCGCAAGCAGCAAGGAUUUGGUGGUCAGACCAAGCCCAUCUUCAGAAAGAAGGCAAAAACAACAAAGAAAAUUGUACUGAGGAUGGAAUGCACGGAAUGCAAGUAUAGGAAACAAAUUCCAUUGAAAAGAUGCAAACAUUUUGAACUAGGAGGUGACAAGAAGAGAAAGGGUCAAAUGAUUCAGUUCUAAGCCACCCACUCAAUUUCUUACAUUCUGCAUUCUGUAUUUAAUAAAUAAAUAAAUCUAUAGGAAUUUGUA